GACGCGCGUCGUUGCAUCAUCCGGCGGCGCUUGGCAGAGGACUCCUCGCCGCCCUUGAAGACGGCAUAGGAUUAUUGCUGCAGCAGCCAGGGCACGGCCUUGGCGUCGUACUUGUGCCUAGCUGGGUCCACGCCCGGAUUCCAUCCCCGACAAGUUUCCUCCGCCUCCUUCCUCUUUCAGAUCUUCCUUCCGUAUUUUGAUUUGCACUGAUUUUCUUUUGUUGAUUUGCUAUCUCUGCUUCUUGCGGAUGGAUGGCGCUUGUAGUGCUCCGCGUGGACGGCGUGGUAGGCAGCCGGGACGUCCCGGCAGAGGCUGGAGUCCGUUCUGGCGCGCCGGGUUCUCUCUUCGGUCUGCAGUACUGGAAACUGAUCGGGGGCGACACCUUCUGUGGCUUUUGGGCGACCGCCGGCAUGCUGCUGGACAAGCCUUGAGAAUGAGUACAAGUGAGCGCGCAGGAGAAUGAGUACAAGUGUACACAUCUGGAAGAUGGGCGUGAUGGACCAAUACUAUGUGUCGGUCCUCCUCUUCGUGAAGUCCACGGCCACUACUCCGGCGGCGUUGUCCAACGGCAACUUAUGUAUGGACAAGAGAGAAAAGGGAUGAUGAAGAUGAGCGUCUCCGUGGAUUUCGAUAUCAGCGAUGGGAAGAGGAAGAUGGGAUGGCUUGCGCCAUGGUCACAAACAAGUACAUAAUUCAUGAUGAGACUAUCUCUGAAAAACUACAGUUGCACAAUACCAAUCAAGAUACAUGAACACUAAACACUGAGAAUAUUUUUUGGUCAUCUCCUCACAGAUAUUGUCCCACAAAUUGAAGCAUUAGAUCUAUUUUUUCACUCUUUUGGUUGUAGAGGUUAUCACUAUCUAUGCUAAGAGAAAGAGCCUUUAGUUUUUCCAAUCAGAUUGAUGAUAAAAAGGUUUGUCAGAUGCCAAUUGCAACAGAGAGAACAUUUAAUUUUUUCAAUCAGAAUGCACUAUUGAAGCUUGUGGAUCUUAUGAUAGCACUAUUAGGACAUGUCAGAUGUAAUCUGAGGAUACAUUUAUUUGUUCCAGAGCCUUUUUUUUCUAGAUCUUCGAAAUCGUGACUAUUUCCAAUUGUCCCACACCAUUUAGUCGCCGGAAUCUCCCUUUUCCGGUGCUAGAAAGACGCCUUUACUGGAGGCAUUUUAGGAGGUGCAAACAUUUUUGCUCGGACAAGAUGAGUUCCUCGACUACCUCACCUAGCUAUGUGAACAGCUGGCUUGUGGCAGUUUACCGUCAGACAACUACAUGAAUAAGAACUUCUUAAUUGAACCAUCUAUCCAUGCUCGAUUUAAUAAAUUUCCUCCUUUUUUUGGUGUUUGUGCUUCUGUUGUGUACAUUGUUCAGCAGACAAUUUCCUUUUAUGUAGCACCCGCCAUGUCUGGUUAUGUUGACGAGAAGCCUGCUAGCUGCAAGUUGUGGCAGAUAGGUUGGAGAAGUCAUGUCUUCUCCAUAAUUAUCAGAGAAGAUAAAACGUUGUCCUAUAUCUGCCGCACCAUCCUUUGGAGAUGCAAUUCUGAACCGAUCAAGAAAAAAACUGAUCUGACCAUGGAUAGAUCAUGCAAUGCACACCAGAAGGAGAUCAGGGUGGAGAAAAGAUCUCCAGUGAUGCCGCCUCCACCAAAAAAGGCGGGAAGGCAGAGCGCAAUCAAAGUCCCUCCUGGUUUUCCACCAUUGAAUAGCUCCAUUGGGAAACGACUGGCUGCUGAGUUGAGCGCAGGAGGCAAGCCAAGUUCUGUCCUCGCUUCAAGCGUACGUUCAUUGGCUACCCUUGUGGCUCGCUCAAGAUUCUGAAGGUGUUCUGUCAGCACAUGAUCGGCAAUUUCCUGUUGAAAAUCAACACGUUUGGGAACACAUGGUGUGUUAGGUUGGUGGUGUGGAGGAAGGGUAGAUAGGAUGAGCUCGGCGAGGACAAGGACAUUGUAAAAGGUGAUUCCCUGUUCUUCGCCUAUACCGUGGAUUCUUCAAUGGAGGUGGCCAUCUUCGGAAGUACUGGCUGUGAUCCGGGGCCGCAUUGACUGCAGUUGCCUCUUGGCAUUAGGCCAGGGCCGACCUUUUCUUGCUACCACGGUGAUCUAUGUUAUAACAUGCAUUCUAUUUAUCUGUGAAACUUCUGAGUUGCACCGACUCUAUACUGUUGUGUCGAACUACCUUGCAACCGUAUUGUAUCUAUGGUCAGUAUGCACUU